GUACAUUGCAGCAUUUUCAUUUCCAUGAACUCUGUUUUCCCUCUUUUUUGUGGGAGUUUCGUAUUUUCUGAAUGCAUGCAUAUGCAUGUUUCGUUGAGUUUGUACAAGAAAGGAAGCAAAUUAAAGUUUCUAUGUUUGAAUUUUUUCUCAUCUGGGUCCUGCGAGGAUAAAACAGGAAUUUCAGCUAAUUGCUCAAAUAGAACAGAAGUGUAUCUCCCAUUUAUUUUAAUCAAUCUAUGCAUUUUUCAACGUCCCCCCCUUCUCUCCUUUUUUUUCUUUUCUGUUAGUUGCUUCUGGGUUAUUAAAUUUCUUUUAUCCCUUUAUAUAAGCUUGGAAAAUUCUUCUUCCCAAAAACUUCUCUGUUCCAUUAGCGAACUGUUGUUUUUCAAGGUUUCGUAGCAGGAUGAUUGGACCUUCUUCUUUUCAGAACUUCAUCCUAGGAAAUAUACACUUUGUGGAGCUAUGGGAUUUUUAAUUGUCGCUUAACACAAGAAUUUUUCUUAAUAAAGUAUCUAUUUUUACUCAUUCAAAAUUCUUAAGAUUGGCAAAAUACGUUAUUAUUGUUAUUUUGUUCCGAAACUGCCUGGCUACAUGUGAUGGGAGUUCCUUGGUGCACUAGUAUUUGAAGAUUAUAGGGGAGCUGAGAUGAUCCUUUUGCACCAACUAUAAAAUUUUGUGUUGGUUCUGCUUCUUAUGGCAAAUUCAAAAGGCUCAUCGAAUUAUAGGAAUUUGAUGUAUCCUGGAAAACAUGCCCUGCUUCCUCCUAAAAUCCCAUUUCCUAGUGCUUCUCAAGCAUAUGCUGAUUAUAUCCCAAAUCCUGCGAUUGGUUCUGGUCAGAAACCUAGAGAAGGAAACAUACAGCACCAUCGUACUUCAUCUGAGAGUCUUGUCAUAGAGGAGCAACCUUCAUGGCUUGAUGAUCUCCUUAAUGAGCCAGAGACACCAGUUCGAAGAGGCGUCCAUCGGCGCUCAUCGAGUGAUUCUUUUGCAUACGUAGACACACACAAUAUGUCUAACAUCACUUAUGGAGAUCAGGAUGAAUAUAAAUAUAAGAACUUAUUAUCUUUCCCAUCUUGGUCAUCUCAAGACUUUGAUCAUAACAAAGAUGCUCAUCAUAUACUCAUGCAUGCUGAGAUGAAUUCAGCAAAACAGAACAUUAGAUCAUGGGACUCAUUUUCAAAUAUUACAAAUCAUCCAGCUGGUGUUCUCUCUGGCAAAGACAGUGUUGCUUUCCAGGGUUCGGGAUCACUAUGCCCCCCACCACAUGAAGCAGAGGGGCUUCCGUCAACUGCAAAUGAAAACCAUGAUGCAGCGGAAUCUGGCAUACAGGAUUCAAAAUCAUCUUUUGAGAAAAAGGAUGGUUCACAUGCAAAGUCAUCUGCUUCUGAAACAGAUACAAAACGUGCCAAACAGCAAUUUGCUCAACGUUCAAGGGUUCGUAAACUUCAAUAUAUAGCUGAGCUGGAAAGAAAUGUACAAGCUCUACAGGCAGAAGGGUGUGAAAUAUCAGCUGAACUGGAAUUUCUCAACCAGCAGAAUCUUAUACUGAGUAUGGAGAAUAAAGCACUCAAGCAUCGUUUAGAAAGUACAGCGCAGGAGCAGCUUAUCAAAUACUUGGAGCAGGAAGUGCUGGAAAGAGAGAUUGGAAGAUUACGCGCACUGUAUCAGCAGCAACAACAGCUCUCGCACCAGCCACAACAACAACCGUCUGCUAGUCACAGACGCACCAACAGCAGAGACCUUGAGUCUCAGUUUACAAACCUUUCUCUCAAACACAAGGACAGCGGCUCAGGGCAUGACCCUGCAACUGGUGCGCUUAGAAUUUAAAUUUGCAGUGACUGCAGCUUUGUUCUGUUUUGCCUAGAUUCAACAGGUGUUGCACACGUGCAACAGACUCAUCCCCUUAUUGGUGCGGGAUUGUGCAGAGAUUUUAUACAGCAUAUGCCUUCUCUCUGCCCGCUUUGCAGAUUUAAGUUCUCUUGGUCUUCCCUCUUUCCCCGCUUGUUUAAAUUAUUGCCAUUUAAUCUGUGCCUAGUGGUCAUCACCAAAAUCUUAGUUUCGGUCAGGUUGACCUGCCAGAGGUGGUAACGCAACAGUUUCAAAUCUAUGGCCUUCACUAUAUUUUCAGUGAUAAUUGUGUAACUGUAUGCUCCCCUCUUGUAAAAUCUCCACUGCUGUGGAAUUUAGCCUAGUGCAAAUAGCAAAUAGCUGAUAUCUCCUUGCUGUUUGAUUGUGCAUUAUUUGUAUGGAUUAUGUUAAGCUAAUGUUGUGUAAUAUGAUCUUAUUGAUAUUUAUGAUUUUUCAACAUAUCUUGCUUGAUGCA